AUGUUGCGCCUUGUGUCGUGUUCGUUGGUGUGCUCUGUGGCAGCUUUCGUAGUUAAGGACGGCUCGUCUUUGCGAGGCAUGCAGGCGGGCUCCUCCAACAUGGAUGCAGUCGGAAAUGCCACCGUACUUUCUGUGGAGGAGGGCGCUGCCGAGGGCUUGGAAUGCCACUACUUCUACGACCAAUCAGAUUGUCACAUCAAGGAUCUCGGCAAACUGACUCCUGGAAAUCGCGUCGUCGUGCCGAAGAUCUGGAUGGUAAACGGCAAGUUCCCUGAGGUGAAGCAGGGCAAUCACUUUUGCAUCAGGAAGCGCCUUCGCUUCUUGCUAUGUCAACGCACCUCUAGCGAGGUGCUCCAUCAUGCAGAGCGUGAGUUGGCCGCCAAUACACAAGCUCAAAAUGCUGCCAACUCUAUGUCAGGAAUAGGUGGAAACGGAGGUGGUCCGCCUGAUGACGAUGAUCCCGACGGAGAUGAUGACGAUAGUGCCGUUGUGGCCGCCUCUGAUCGACCAGACGAGUGUGGAAGGCAUAUCCUGUUGAUGCUUGACGCCUACCUUGUCAGCCGAGUGCUCCUGCCCCUGGCAGUGGAAGGGAGUCAAGCGGUGAAAGGUUCGGCGUCGCGAGCCGAUGCACUCGCGUUCUGGAAGGAUACGCCGAGCUUUGACGAUUCGUGUUGCGAUCCACCAUGGAAGGAAGACAUCAACGUGUUGAAGGUACUUUCUCCUGUGGAAGAUAGGAUCCUGCUGCAGAGCCUGAUAAUCAAUAUCAUGCUGAUGAUGAACAGGUGGUUGAUCCAGAUGACCCCUCCUGCCGUUUGUCAGAGUUUUCAGCGUGUUGCAGUAGAGCUGUCUGCCAAGCGUCGCCGCAUGAACAUUCCAAAGCUUCCUUGGGAGACGGGUCCCAUGAGCUUGAUCUUUUCGAGGAGUGCUUUUGAGCCGGCUGAGGCCGAGGUGGAGAGCUUGAGCGCGGUGCCGUUGAGAGCCGAGGGCCUGGAGGUCGGCAAAGGUAUGUUCUUGCCAAGCAUGAAAUCCGAUGGUUCAGGCCACGUUGCACAGGUGGCCGCAUCUUACAAGACAAAAGGUUUGCAAUCACCCACUCUGGCAGAUCAUCCAGUGGCAUCUUUGGAGGUGGGAGACACGGGUAACCAUGGCUUGCCCGCUGCCAAGACCUACGUUCAAGCCGAAGGCCACUUAUCCGUCACCGCAGGAGCCCAGAUUCUUUUGAUGUGGGUCGCCGGGCUACUGCUGAAGCUGCGGGCACACUGCAUAGCAGAGCAGACCCUCUCGUUAGAUUUCUGGCGUGGGCGGGCCGACACACGUGAUCACAGUGCCCAGGUUUACAGUAGAGAUGCGGUCUCCUCCUCGGUACGUGUUCUCGAGGAGGUGCUGGCCUCUAUCAGGAGCCGUGAAUUUGUUCCGGACAGUACGCGGUCUGGAUACUUUCCAAGGGCUGAUGAUCCUCGGGCCGAUUACGAUGUUGAAGGCUCUGGUUCUGAAGCUUCUCUCGAUGAGGCUGAUUGUCAGGACCUUGAGAAGGCCUUGGAUGAGGUCGUAGACCAAUGGGCUGAGGAGGCCCCUAAGCGGGAGCUCAAGGCCGAGUUGCUUGUUCGCAAUCGGGCUUCGCGCAUGUUGCACCUGCUCGCUGAUGAGAGCGGCAACGUUUUGACGUGUGGUCGCAUGUGUACCAAGAAUUAUGACAAGGUGGCGGCGAAGCCUGCCUUCAUGUAUCCUAUGUGCACUCGUUGCUUCAGUGCAGUGCAAGUGGCUGAAGCUGGUGAUGGACGGUGUGCCUCUCGUGGCCCCGGCCGUGAGAGUCCCAUCGAAUCGGUGGGCAGGCUGGCUCAAGUUAGCACCAUGAGUAUCACUGAGAGUGAGGCCAAGUUCAGUGCCCGGGCCCAGAAGCUCGGUUUGAAGAAUGAUGCCGUUCAGUUGUUGGCAGACGGUGGCGUCAACGCACUGGCGAAGUUUGCGUAUGUCAGCAGCUUCAUACCUGGGCAGAGCGAUGAAGUUCAACGGUACCCAGGUCUGACCAUCGCUGGCCCGAAUGAACCCAGCGACCGAUCGGUGGACGAUGAGACUAGGAACUCGCGUGAUAAAGAGGAUCGCACACUUACUGUUGACAACAGCGGGAAUGUGCGCAUUAAGAACGCUGACAUAAAAGGCGCGGACUUGCUAUGGAACAAGCGGGACUUCGUUAUUUUCAAGAGCAUGAGAAGUGGGCUGAUAGACUCUUGCAUUCCCGGUAUCGUGAUGUUGCUCAUUUGUUGGCUCCUUUGGCACAGGUCGAGCCAACCGCUGCCGAAAACAUUGAAGUAUGUUCUAGUGGUGACGAGGGUUCCAAUCUUGAACUCGAGGGCUCGGCGGAGGUUUUCGGUUGAGGCCCCAGGUGGCCAGUCUUGGUUUGAUGUCGGAGGCGCCUUGUCCAUUGCCACCCGCGAGUGGUCUGACCGCUCUUCUGCCAGCGAGUUGCUGCGAUGGUGGGCAAAGCCGCUGGUUUUGCCCCCUCUUUCCUCUCCGCUUCAAGACGUCCCGCCGCCUGUGGCUCAGCAACGCAGAGGCAAGAUUGGAUCUAGCCUGUUGCAAGAGUUCGGGCAUGUCUGUCGUGUUACAGUCAGCGCCGUCCCGACCGUCGAUCACAAAAAUUGUUUGACCUCUCCCCUAGGAGAUGCUCCCGUGGGCUCCAAGCUCAUUGCUACUAGUGUUUCGGGGGAGUCGGGCAGCAUUGAGCUUACUCUUGGCAUUUAUGCCACUCCUGACGAAUUUCUUGACCGUGCUCGAAAUUUGAGGCAUCCGUUUGAGUCCUUUGCCGUUGUGCCUGACCUGGACAAGCGCAAGCUGCAUGAGGCAUUGACGAAAGGACCUGAGUGGAUCGUGGCCACUCUCACGAAGUGGCUGCAGUGGGCUUGUGAACUUGAGGACACUUGCAAAGGAUUCCCGUUGGUGGGGGUGGAGAAGCCCACCGGAGUGUUCAAGCGUGUCCGGUCUGAGGGUGUUGGCGAGCAUUCUGCCGAAGUGUGGGAUAAGUUGUGCACAUUUGACCUCAAGAAUGCCUACCGCCAGAUUGCUCUCAAUCCGUUGAGCCGUGCUUACUCAAUUGUCGCUUUGCUUGACCCGACCAGUGGUGAUUUGGGACUGUUUGAAGGUAAGGCUUUGCCGUUUGGCAGCACGGCUUCGGUGCUGCAUUUUAACCGCCUGUCGCGGCUGUUGUGGAGAGUGGGCCUAGAGGUCCACCCGUUCUGGGCUAAUUUCGUGGAUGAUUAUCCGGUCAUGAGCCCGGAGUGUCUAUCGCAUUCCACUAUGAACACUAUGAUGAUCUUAUCGUCAGUACUGGGUUUUGGUGCCUCGCUUGACAAGUUGAAUCCCUUUGCUGGGGUUGCGACAAUGCUUGGAGUCGAGGUGGACUUGAAUGAGGCCUCGGCAGGGUGCAUCCACAUAAGGAACAAGGAAGGUCGUGCCAGUGACGUUUGCAGCGUCAUUCGUGAUUGCAUCGAAGUUGGUCACAUCAUGCGCGACUUUGCCAAAGUGGCAGGGCGAGUGCAGUUCUCGGAUGCUCAAGUCAUGGGCAGGACCACGAAUGCCACUGCCAUCGACCUUUCACGACGUGCGGCGCCUUGGGCCGAGCCUUAUCGGCGUCGCCCGGCUGAUCCUCCGGUGCUCGGUGUGUUCUUCAACACCCAUGGCGUUUCUGAUCGCGAAGUCCGAGCUCGAAAAGUCACCGUUAACUUCUUCGAGCAAUUGCAGUGCACCGGUCAGCUCAUCAUCAAAAAGGAGGGCCAGUACAACUUCUUUCUCAGUUCAGACGACGGCUCCAAAAUGAACGACAAGCAGGUUGUGGACAACGACGGCUGCCAUGGGGACCGUGAGCGCGGGAGCAGCAAGGCAAAGUACACUGCUGGUGCGCACAAGUUGGUGGUGGAUAUGUGCGAGCGGGGUGGCGGAGAGGUCUUGAAGAUGCGGUACAAGGGACCUGACACAGGCAAUUCCAAGAAGGCAGUUCCCAAGUCGGCGCUGCGCCUCCCUAUGCAGAAGUGCAAGGGAACUUUAUUAGACAAGCCGAAAGACGACGUGGCUUGCGACAAGAUCAAGGACAAGAGCAAAUGCAAAGACCGCUACGAACGGGUGGCCCAAACUGACACUUACCUCCAAUGCGCUCCGACGGAUGCUUCUCAGGAGGUGAACGGGCUCAUCAAUUGCCUCGCACAGGCUGCUGACCACAUUGCCGCAAUGCUUUCAGGUUUUGGAGCCCAGUGCGUUCGGUUUGCUUCCGACCAGGCGCUCAAACACUACCAGGCAGAGUGA